GUUGAAUCACUUUGGCUUUGAACUUUAAAUCAGUGCAAUUUUUUUCUUGUGAUUAAUAUUUAGUUACACAUGUCCAAUCGCAGAGUUCAGAACGUUCGAAAUGAAACGACUUUCAAGUCUAAGUUUUCGAAGAAGUUCCAAAUAUGAAGUGAUGUUGCUUGGGAAUGCGGCUGUGGGUAAGUCUUCGUUACUGCUACGAUUCGCUUCGGAUAUGGCGCCCAGCCCAUCACAGAUCACGCCCACAAUUGGAGCUGAGUUUAAGGUGAAAACAAUUAGCCUGCCGAAUCGAGUUGUGAGGCUAAAAAUUUGGGAUACUUCGGGUCAGAAACGACAGUUCUCAAUAUAGUUUCAAGGAUGUGUUAAGCACGUACUAUUAUCGCUGUACGGGAGCUAUAAUUGUUUACGAUAUUCAGAGUCGCGAGAGCUUCGAGGAGGCAAUGGAUUGGGUGGUUGAACUAAGAGAAAAGACCUCGACAGGCAUGGUGAUUGUUUUAGCAGGCAAUAAAGCGGAUAUGGAAGCGAACCGUGUGAUAACGAAAAAUGAAGCCGAGGAAUUUGCAGCAUUGCACAAUUUGAUAUUCAUGGAAACAUCAUGCGUGAGUGGCAUGAAUGUGCACAACUGUUUUGUAGAAUUGGCUAAUGUGAUUCAAUCUGAAGUCGAUGAGAAAGAUUCAAGAACAAAAAAAGUUAAGGGCAGUUCGCAUGGAAAGUGGAGUUGCUGGUGUAUUACCGGCAGCUCUCCGGAACUGAAUAAAACGAAAUAAUUUUGCACCACCUGGCAAAGCCAAAUAUCAUUAAGUUGGCUGCACACAGCAGCAGGGUACAGUCUGAUCAAAAGUAAAGUAAGA